CGCUGAUUGGCUGCGGAGGACAUUUGAACGGGGCGCGCGGCGGGGCCUGCACCCAACGGCGAAGCAGCGGCACCGGCACCUCUGCCCAGUUGCCAGUCCGGUGUCACACAUGAAGAACCUCAAAGGAGCUGAUUUUGCCCCCCAGCUGGACAGCCAGGAGGGCAUAGAGAAGCUGCUCCUCGAGCUGAAGGGCAAUGCCAGCCAGGCCUCCCGGCUGCGGAAAAGCCAGGUCUGCGACAAAGUCCUGCGGCUGUGUGUCGAGCGGAUGGCCGAGCCGGGGGGCUCGCCGGCACUUGCCGCCAGCGUGGCAGCCGCAGCCGAGGCAGCGUGCCAGGGCUACCUGAGCGCCGCGCCGCAGCCCGCUCCUCUCUACCUGGAGAAGAUCCUCUACCACCUGCUGAGGAACAUGGCCGGCCGCGGGAGCGGCGGUGCCUGCUGGAGGGUGGCCGACCUCCUCCGUGCCCGGCUGCUGACCUACCGCCCCGGCCAGGCACCCUCCAAGGACUUCGCGGCCAUCGCCUACAGCAGCUUCAGCGUGCUCUGGAGAGGGGCCGACACGCUGGCCGAGCCCGACUGGCCGCAGGAGGAGGGUAGAGCCGUCCUCUUGGCCCGUCUGCGAGCCCUGCGCUUCCUCCUGCUGCUGGAGGUGGACGAGGAGGCCUUGCUGCCGCUGCAGCCCCCCUUCUUCACCUCCCAGACAGCACAGCAGGCAGCUGCCACUGCCGCCUUGUACGAAGCCCAGCAGGCGCCAUCCUUGGCUUUCCUCAGCCAGCAGCUCGGGGACUGCUUGCUUGCGACUCUGCGAAGGGAGGCGGCGGAGCCCCCCACCCUCCAGCAAUCCCUCUGCUUCUUCGAGCUCACCCUGGAGCAGUGCCGGCAUCUCUGCAAGCGCGGCCAGUACAGGGAGGCGGAGGAGGCAGUAGAGGAUGCGAGGGGCUUCCUGGGGGCCACCGGCAGCUCCGCAAAAUCUUUUGGUGACCCGCUGUCCCUCCUGGAGGCCGGGGUUCAGCUGAGCCGGGUGUUGGCCAAGAGCACCGGUCCUGCGGGGCCACCCUUAUCCCAGGCCGCGGCGGCUCUCGGGGCGGCAGCGGAGGCCUCGGAGCGGUUCCUCAGGGUGCUGGCUGAGAGCUGCCAGUUCACCGUCUCCUCCCUCGGCGAGUACGUGAAGAGGAGCAAGCAGCAGCUCUUUGGCCGGGAGGACGUGCUUGGCCUCUGUGCCUUCACGGAGGGGCACUGCCGUGUCCUCCAGCGGCUGCUGGAGAGGGUUCCUCCUGAUGGUGUCAAAGAGAAGCUCAUGGUGAAGCAGGUGCUCUACCGCAGCCUCCAGCUCUUCGCCAGCAUGACCUACGACGCCUUCCAGUGCUCCCAGCCGUUGCAGGCGGCGGGCUGGCUGGGUCUGGAGCGGCUGACGGCGGGCUGCAGGGCGAGCGUGGUGUGGAUGCUGGAGGCACUGGAGGGGCUCCCCGAGAGCGAGCGAGCCAAGUACCUCGACAUCACCGUGCUGUGCACGUUCAAGCUGGCCUACAUCUUCUACAACCAGAACCUUCAUGAGGAGGCCAGCUCUGUCAGCGAGCUCUUCUGCAAGGGGCUGGAGAUGGCGGAUGCCUACGCGUGUCCAGAGAUCCCCCCGGAGAGGCUGCACAAAUGUUUCAGGCUGCAGGUGGAAAGCUACCGCAAGCUGGGGCGGCUGGAGAGAGCCCUGGCGUGUGUGGUGCAGUGGCUGGCUGCGCUGCGGGGCCGGAUCGGCGAGCUGCUGGCGGAGCCCGUCUCCUUCUGGGUCAGAGUCAAAAUGGAUGCCGUGAAACAGGGGGCCGAGGAGUUACGGUUGCGGACCCUCAAGGAAGGCUUGGAGGGGCACAACCUGGACGCAGACACCUUGGUGACCGUCCUCUUUGCGGAGUUGAAGGCCUACAAGACCAUCCGAGCCGACACGGGGCAGGAACGCUACAACGUCCUCUGCGACCUGCUGGAGAUCUGCUCGGAGGAGAGCGGCCGCCUGCACGAGCGAGCCGUCGGCUUGACAGAGCUGGCCCAGGUCUUGUGCUACCGCAGCUACGCCCAGCAGACGGACUGCUCCUCCCUGGACUCUAUCUGUGAAGCCUUGCGGCUGCUCGAGUUGGUGCCCCGGAGCGCCCAGAACCGGGACCAGCUCCUCGAUGACCAGGCGCAGGCUCUGCUCUGGCUCUACAUCUGCACCCUGGAGUCCAAGCUGGAGAAGAGCACAGAGAGGGAGCAGAGAGCCAAAGCCCAGGGGCUGAAGAACCUGGAUGACUUUGAGCCCAACGACCUCAACUACGAAGGCAGGCUGCUGGAGGACAGGUUCCUGUACAAUGGCAUCUCCUUCAACCUGGCGACAGAGACCGCUCUGUCCAAAAGCCUGGACGACGCCUUUGCCUUGUGGAAGCAGCUCCUGGCGACGCCGGGCGUCCCGGCCGUGCGCAGCCCCGAGCAGACUGUCGCCUCCCUGCACCUCCUGGCAGCUCUCUACAAGCUGAUGGCCAAGCCCUUGCAAGCCAUGGAGAGCUACCUCCUGGUCAGAGCCCUGUGCAGCGCGCUCGGGGACAGCCUGGGCACGGCCGGAGCCCUGUGCCAGGUCACCAAGCUGCUUUUCCGCCUGGAGUGCCCCAGCUAUGCCCAGCUUUUCCUGGAGGAGACGGAGUCCUGCCUGCAGAAAUCCGACAGCAGCGACGAUUCCUACCUGCUGCUGCAGCAAACCUGCCUCCUGCUCCGCAGCCAGCUGUGCUGCGUCAAUGACCGGAUUGAAGAGGGUCUUACCCUGUUGCUGGGGGUGCUCCAGAACCCGGCUCUGCAAAAAAUCACGAGGGUCUGGUACCUGCUGCGAGCCCACGUCCUUCAGCUGGUGGCCGUCUACCUGAGCCUUCCCCCCGCCCGCCUCUCGCCAGAGCUCCAGCAGUGGAUCGUGGUGCAGGGGUGGAAGACACCUGAGACGGCUCUCGCCGAAGCCCACAAGCUCUUCCGCAGCAUCAUCAUCCUCCUGAUGGGCAGCGACGUGCUGGGCUGUCAGACAACAGCAUCCGACGUCCAGUUUGUGGAUUACGGGGACAACCUGCUGCUGAAGUGGCAAGUGCUGGCUGACUUGUUGGCCUGCUCGGAGCACCUGGUGGCUCUGCUCAGCAGGUUGGAGGUGGUGUGUAAAGCUAAAGCCUUCUGCUUGGAGGCCGUCAAGCUGGCCAUGAGACUGCAAGCCUUCCAGUGGAGCACUACCUUCCUGGUGUUGAAGGCCCAGCUGGAGCUACAGCAGAGCGAGCUGGAGCUGAGCCACUUUGACCUCCAUCAGGCUCUCUUCCUCCUGGAGUCUGACACCGAACUUAAAGUCAGCAAGAAGCAGAAAGGCCAGACAAAAAUCCUGCUCAGGAAGGGCAAAUGUGAGGGCAAGAAGCCACAGGACCCCUCCACUGAGCCCCCGGGGGAAGAGGAAGCUUUCCUGAAUGGCCCCGCGAUGGAGUUUGUGGCCACGGUGAGUGGGCUGGAGAAGGCGGAUGCUCUCACCGCCUCACCGGAGCUGAAGCGCGAGAAGAGGAGGAGACUGGCCUUCCUCACACACCCGGCAGCCUGCCCGUGCUGCCUCUGCUCCGACCUGGCCCUCUCGGCCGUCUGCCUGCGCUGGCUCCUCUCCUGCGCCCAGGGCGAGCUGGCAGCGGGCGCCGUGGCCGAGGGGCUGCGUCUGAUCCGUGCCGUGCUGCCGCGCUGCACCGCCGUGGCCACCCGCUUCGCCGCUGUGCUGCGAGACAAGCUGCGGGGCGGCUCCGGCGGCCGGGACCUGCCUGCGCUGGAGCUGCUGCACGAUCUGGUGGCCACCGGCUAUGCCACGUUGGCCCUUCAGAGCCUGGCCAGCCCCCAGCUGGCGGAGGAGCUGCAGGAGGAGCUGGAGACGGGGCUGACCUUCCUAGCGUCCUGCAGACCCCACCUGCCCAGCCUGGAGGUCUCCAGGGCCAGCCUGCUGCUCGCCAAAGCCGUGGCCGCCGUUUGCCGCCUGGCCUCCGGGCGCGGCGACUCCAUGGAUGGCGUUUUUGCCGGCUCUUGGUCUUUGCGGCUGCCCACGCCGCCUCCGGCAGAGCCCAAAGCGGCGGCCGUCCCCCAGACCUUCAAAACGGACAAGGCUCAACCCCAAAGGCGCAAAAACAAGCUGGCGUUGGCCCCCGCCGCCCCCAAACCCAGAGCGAAGAAGAGCCAGCGAGCGAAGGCCCCGGCUGCGCGGAACACGGACGAUGUCUUUGCCCCGGGUGACUUGGACAGCGAGGUGCCCCCCAUAGUCAUCCGCCCGGUGACGGUGCCCUGCACCCCGCGCCAGAAAGCCUGUCCCCGCACCAGGGCGCACGCAGCCCCCGGCCCCAGGACUCCCUUCACCAUCUUCAGUGAAUCCUCCCCACCGGCUGGCAAGUCCCGGCUCCUGCGAGCGCCCAAGGCUUUGGGGAGAGUCAAGUCUCGCCUAAAAGUGCUGUUCAGCGAUGACAGUGACGUGGAGGAUCCUGAGGUGGGGCUGACCCCCACACCUACCUACAAGACAUCCUGCGCCCGCAAAGCUCUGUCCCCCAAAUCCCUGGGGUCCCAGGCGAGCUCGCCGGGGUGCGGUGCCCAGCCCCGGAGAGGGCGGCCGGGCACCCGCCGAGCCACGGCCGCGGAGAAGAGGGAGCGGGUGACCCGCAGGGCUCCCGGCAAGAGAGUGGAGGAGGAGCGGGAGCUUCUGAGGGCCAUUGAGGAAGAGGAGAAUGUGGAGAAAGAGCUUGAGAUCAGCUUCAAGGUCUUGCAGGUCUCUGAGGAAGAGGAGGGAGCCCUAGGCAGGAGACGGCUGCCUCGCCGCGGGCAGAAGGGUGCGGAGGGGGAGCACGAGGUCCUGCGCCAAGAGGACGUCCUGGCAGCGCAGCGGCCGGGCAGUGGGGACCCCCUGCGCCUGGAGGGGACCCUCUCCUCCGCCCUGCCCGCGGCUGGCGAGGUCUCCUCGCUGGACGCAGCCCGUGAGCUCCUGAAAGACGCCUUCAACUCGAUCAGCCACUGCCCUCCCAGUGCGCUCUACAGCCAGCUCUGCCAGGUGCUGGCUCUGGCCGUGGGGAACCAGGACCCGCUCUGCACCGCGUACCUGCUCUCCGAGUCGGUCUCCGUCACCCCCCGCCAUCAGCUGCUCAGCGUCAUCCACAGGAAGAUUCAGAAAGAGAAGAAGUCGAGAGGGGACGUGGCCGAGCAGCUCCGCGGGCUCUCCUUGCAGGAGGGGAGCGCUGCCCAGCACAGCCACCACCUCACCGAGCUCGAGAGAUUCUUCACGUUCAGCUCCACGGGGCUGGGGGCUGAGGUGCUGGAGGGCUUCCGCAGGCAGCUGCAGCAGAUCCCGAGUGGGGUGACCGUGUGCACGUUGACCCUCGCCAGCGUCCAGCCUGCCUCCGUAGGGGACACGCUGCUGCUGACACGGCUGGAGAAGGGCACCGCUCCCGUGACCAUCCGCAUCCCCACCGCGCUCAACGUCCCGCUGCGCUCGGUGCUGAGCAACUUCGAUGCCAUCCAGAAGGAGCAGAAAGAAGCCAACAGCUGCACGGACAAGCAGGAAUGGUGGCAGCGCCGGACCGAGCUGGACCGCAGGAUGAAGAGCCUCAUCGAGAUGCUGGAGACGCAGGUGCUGGGCUGCUGGAGGGCUGCCCUGAUCCCCAGCGGCCCCGAGCCCGGUCUGGCAGAGGAAGCCGCCCGCUUGCACCCCCAGCUCUGCCAGUGCGGCUGGAGGGACUCGGAUCCCACCCUGCUGCAGGUGGUGCUGAACGCUGCUCCCCUCCUCGCCCCCCGCGAUGUGCAAGCCCUGGCCUUCGGCCUCUGCCCAGCGCAGCCCCACAAGGCUUGGAGCCUCUUGCAGGAGGCGGUGGAGAAGCGGAGAGCCUGCGCCAAGCAGUCCGGCGGCUCCCUCGUCCUGGUGCUGGAUAAGCACCUGCAGAAGCUGCCCUGGGAGAGCAUGGUGUGCCUGAAGGCUGUGCCUGUAACCAGGCUCCCUUCCCUGCGCUUCCUGCUCAGCUACUCCCUGGCACAGAAGCGGCAGGCAGGGUCUGUGCUGAGCCGCGGCGUGAACCCCAGCAGCACUUUCUACGUCCUCAACCCGCACAGCAACCUCCUGGGCACUGAGGAGCGAUUUCGGGGCUGGUUCGAAAGUGAGCCCGGCUGGAAGGGGGUGACGGGAGCCAUCCCGAGCCCAGACCAGAUGCAGGCAGCCCUCCUGGAGCACGACCUCUACAUUUACGCAGGGCACGGAGCGGGCGCCCGCUUGCUGGACGGACAGACCAUCGCCCGGCUGGACUGCCGUGCCGUCACCCUGCUCUUCGGCUGCAGCAGCGCCGCGCUCGCCGUCCGCGGCAGCCUGGAGGGCUCCGGCAUCGUCCUCAAGUACAUCAUGGCCGGCUGCCCCCUCGUCCUGGGGAACCUGUGGGACGUGACGGACCGGGACAUCGACCGCUACGCCCAGGCGCUGCUGCAGGGCUGGCUGAGGGGGGGCUCGGGCGCCCCGCUCCUGUCCUACGUCGCCCAGGCGCGCCAAGCCCCCAAACUCAAAUACCUCAUCGGGGCGGCCCCCGUUGCCUACGGGCUGCCCGUCUGCCUGCAGUGAGGGCUGGGGGGUCCCCGUCCCCACGGGGCGAUGGUGGGGGACACAGC